UCACAUGCUAUAAUUAAAACACGCUAAAUUCUAAGGAGGCCUUCAACACCGAACGGGAUUUUCAGUUAUUCCAAUUGUUUUAUCUUUGUAAACGGCUCUAGACUUAAAACUUUGAAGAACUUAAAAAUAACUUUUACUUUUAAAAACGCGUCUCGAGACUCCUGCGUUCUGUUGCACUAAGUCUGUUUUAAACGUGUUCGUUGUGAACUGCCCCUAAUUACGAUUUUACUCCUUUGUAGAGAUAUAUGUGCUUUGGAACUGGACUAUAGAAAUCUAUACAAUUGUUUACGGUAAAUUGCAUAUUCCGAAUAUUUAUUCGUUUAGCCUAUGUGAAUAUACCGGAAUGGACGUGGACAGUUUUCCUGAUCUGAGUGUAAAUGACUGUUGGGUGGUUGGACUCGAGCGCUUCGCUGUUGAUCCUGUUGGAGAAGAGGAAGAGUUUUUCGAAAUAAGGACUGAAUGGUCUGAAAAAAACGUAACGUAUGUGCGAAGGCGAUAUCACGAUCUAGUGAAACUUGCAAAAAAAUUGAGGAAAUCAUUUCAAGGGGACAGAGGGAGUUUCACUGAAUCAUUGAUGAUUGAGGCACUACAGAGGAUAAAAGAAGCAGAAGAAAACAAUGACAUUGAAGCCAGGUGGAAUGAGGUGGAAAAAAUAUUGAGGAAUAUAAUCAAACUGCCACAAAAGUACUCCCAGUCUGAGGCAGUUCUUACAUUUUUCAAGACUUCUCCUCUUGACUAUACUUUGAAAACCAUGUAUGAACCAAUCCAGUCUCUCUACCAGAGUCCUGUCACUGUAGCCGAUGUCAGGAGGGCCAAUGGGUUUUGUUUGGCCAAUACAGAGACUGUUAUUUUUGAUGCAUAUUUACUAGAGGAAGCAGUUGAAUCAUCUUCUGUGCACUCUUCAAAAUACAGCUUUGACAUUGUGGCCCAGAAACGGACAGGGGAAAAAAAUCUAAAUGGGAUCAAAUGCGACAAGGAAAAUGGGCACAAACCUCGAAUGGGCACCAUGACCCCAGUUCUGACUGCUGGUGCUAAUGAAAGUAAAGAGUCAGACUGUCACCCUAAAAAAUCACAGAUCACCACCGGACACCUGACUUACCUCCAACUACAAGCCUGCGAGACAGACAUCCUCGAAUGACGUAGUGAGAUGGAUCAAAGAAUUGCAGUAUAAGACCCUGACAUAGACAUUCUCUCCGACUUUCUAUUCUGAACGACUGCAAAAAUAUUUAGGCAUAACUUACCUGUUCUGGAAAUGCAAUAACAUUAA